CGUAAGGCUUGUUCAUUAUUUUGUUCUUCAUAGAGAAACAGGGUCAUUCUUUCUUCUAGAGCAUUAAACCCCAUCAUCCAUUUUCCAGCUUUAUAAGCCUCGACUAGUUCAUUUUCCUUAGCGGUUACGGACACCACAAUUCCGAAGCAAAAGCGGUUUGAAGUAUCUGCUGUCUCUGACUCUGUCAAACGUGGGACUCAACCCAGGCGCAGGUUUAUUUUGGAUUCUCAUAAAACAACAGAGUUUCACUAGGGAUCAGAAAUGUUGGGGGAUUUCAUCACUCGAUGUCUUAUACUUCUUCUGGGGUAUGCGUAUCCCGGAUUUGAAUGCUACAAAACUGUGGAGAAAAACAGGGGUGACAACGAGGAACUUCGCUUCUGGUGUCAAUACUGGAUCAUUGUAGCACUUUUCACAGUAGUGGAGAAUUUCGCGGAUGUAGUUAUUGGAUGGCUGCCCAUGUACGGAGAGUUGAAGCUUGCACUCUUUAUCUACUUGUGGUAUCCCAAGACUAAGGGGACGGGAUAUGUUUAUAAUGCUGUGUUGCGGCCUUAUGUGUCAAGCCAUGAAAAUGACAUUGAGAAAAAGUUCCGAGAGUGGCGAGCCAGGGCAUGGGAUUUAGCCAUCUUUUACUGGCAAAACUGCACAGAGUUGGGGCAAAAUGCAACAUUCCAGGUUUUCGACUACUUGGCUGCACAGUCCAAAAAAUUUUCUAGCAAAUCCUUUAGUAAGAAAAAAGACGAGCUUGGUCCAACUCCAAGUGCCCCACCAUUGUCUUCACUUCGAGCCUCUUUAUUUGAUAACGAAAACGAAUUCCCAGGCCGCAAGAACAAGAAGUGGAACUGAUGGGAACCGGAACCAGACCACGAGGCGCUUUAAAUAAAGCAAAUUUCACUACAGAAGUGUAGCAUAACAUUCUUGUACAUUCUUACGUCAACCCCAUUAGUCUUAUUCUUCUUGUAAUAUAAAGAAUGCUUUGUUUUUUGUCCCCCUUACUUUUGAAACACUUUAAUCGAUUAUUCAUUCAUUUAUUCAUUCAUUCCUACUUUGAGCUUGAGGCCACAACAAUUAAGAGGCAAACGCAAAGGUAUAAAAAAAAAAAAAAAAAAA